AUGUUAGUAGCAGAAGAUGCCGUCACCUUAGCCACAUUUCUAUUCACGCUACUGCUCUCCCAGCCCCAUUGCUCCUGCCAGACCUUUGUUUACGAUUUGGUUGGAUGGAUCCUUUACGCCCUUCUGAGAGUCGCAAAGGCCGAAGAAGCUGGACCAGGAGACAUGCGGCUAGUAGGAACUGGAAUAAAUGUCGCUAUGGCUGAAACAGAAGCUAGUACCACCCUUGUCGGUCGAGCCAGUCUAGUUCUUCAGAGAGCAGAGAAAGUGCAUCCUGUUGUAGGCUGCUUCUUAAAGAAUUGUCUCCAGCAUUCGCCGUUUCAACGGACACCCUAA